GCGGGCCGAGCGGCGAAGUUGGCAACUGCCAACCGCCAGUUUAUCAGGCCAUGAUGAGGAGCAGACCGAGCCAUCCCGCCUGCAAAUGCGCAACUGAUUGACCCCACGAUCUGCUCAAGAGCGCCUACGGAUCAUUUACCAACCGAACGCCCAGAUCGCCAACACGCUGGCUGGUCUCUUCUGGUCGAGUAGAGCGGCUCCAUCUGCUCAAGCCGCCAAAGGCCCCGACCCUGGCUCGAGGGCUAUCAUGACACAACCCUCAAUCCAGCCACGCCUCACGCCGCAGUUUUGCUUCUCCACAUCAGCUCUCAAAGACUUCUUGCGAAUCUCGAGAAGCUCCAUCGAUGACUCGAUAACCCAGAACCUCAAUGCUCUCGUGACCCCUGCCAAACGGGGCUUCGACCCGUCCUCAACUUCCCAACUAGGACCCCGAUCAUUACAUCGCCCCAUUGACCCGCAGUCUUGUCAGGGAUUCAAGGACAAGGUGCUCUUCCCGUCAUGGCAGGCAAGGUCCGACGUCCUUAGCUAUUGCGCCUUGGUGGCGACGAGCCCCGACCCGGACGACCCGGACGCCGCGGUACGGGAGGCCGAGCUCGAGAGGGACCGGGAGAGGGUCGUGGACGAGCGGUUGGAUCCUUAUUCCGCGCGGUUCUUCCCACGCCAGCCGCGCACGGAGAGACUUGCGUCGGUUCUACGCCAGGAGAAGGGGGUCGAGAACAUUGUGAGAUCGAGGACUUGGGAGAUUGUGCAGGAGCGGUGCGCAGAGCCGGUGCAGGAAUGGGAACAAGCUCUCGCGGCCUGGAGGAAAGGGAAGAGCACACAGGAUUGGGUACCAGUGAGAGAAGUGUAGAUUCUGUACAGUACGGACAAGGACAUAGGCAUGCCAAUGGCGUUUCAACCUAGGUAGAUUUGGAUGACAUCACAACUGUACAUGUACUGGACAAUAACUAGAAAUAUCACCUGUCUUUUUCUUGCGAC